ACGUACACGUAGGCUAAUCGACACAGGUUGAAGUUCACAGCGUAGUAUUGUAUACUACAUGUACGUACUUGCUAGCGCUUUACAGCCAAUAUGACUUUGCCUUGUCGUGUUCAUACAUGUUUACCGGUGGCUGGCCGGGUUGGUACGAGUUUAUGUGAUAUUAGUUGUGAUAUGAGUUGUUGCCCAAUCACAUUGUGAACACAGUGAAAUUCGUCGUCGCGUCGUUACGUUCCGUUCGUCGGCAUAAACACUGACAUUUCUGAAAUCAAUUCGAAAUGGCAGAGUCCGAACUUCCAUUCGCUGCUAAGUAUGCCAAGCAUAACAGUUAUACAUGCAGAGCUCACGACUGCUGGGGUGGAACUGUGUACAAAGAUGAUCUCUGUAUGUCUGUAACGGCGCAGUAUCCAUUGGGAGGCGUGGGGCCCAACUGGUAUCACUUUGACUGUUUCUGGAAGGUGGUGGAAGGCGAGGUGAAAUCUACUGAUGAUAUAGCCAACUUUGACGACCUGCGCUUGGAUGAUCAGGAGAAGAUCAGAGGUUGUAUCAGUACCGGCGGGACCACAAAGAACAAAGUAACCUUUCUACGAGCCUUUAACGUGGAGUACGCCAGGUCCAACAGAAGCAGCUGUCGUGUAUGUUGUAAGAAAAUUGACAAGGAUAAGGUACGCGUCGGUUUUAAUUGGUAUGGUAUAACGCCCGGAGGUGAACCCUGUAGUAAUGUUCUGUGGUACCAUCCAGACUGCUUUCUCGUGCCGGGAGUCCUUGCUGAGGUUGGGUGGAAGGACGCAUAUUCUGUCGAAAUGAUCCUCGGAUUCGAGCAGCUGCAGCCGAAAGAUCGGAAAACUUUGACAGAGAAGUUUCAAGCGAAACAAAAGGCUAAAGAAUCAGUUGGUGAACCUGAUGCUACAAAAAGCCCAAAGGAGUCGACGAGGAAAAAGAAAAGCUCAAGGAAACAAAAGGCCAAAGAAUCAGUUGAUGAACCUGAUGCUAAAAAAAGCCCAAAGGAGUCGACGAGAAAAAAGAAAAGCUCAAGCAAGCGAAAGGCCAAAAAAUCAAUUGAUGAACCUAAUGCUAAAAAAACCAAAGCGGUCGACGAGGAAAAAGAAUAGCUCUAGGUACUGUGAUGAUGAACUGAAUGGUGUCGCCGAAGACUCCAAAACAAACCUGGCCUUGAUGAAGUUCAAGAGCGACUCCGUGUUCAACUACAAAGGAUUCGAUAUCGAGUAUCGUUGUGAAUAAAUCCACCACAUCAGACAAAACUUGACUGACAGUAACGAGCGUUGAUUCUGGUGUAAAAUUCGAUUGAGAGAAACAGAUACCCUAGAUAGGGAAGAAUUAGGCUUUUAGUUUAGUGUCUAGUUGCUUUCGUUAAUGUGCGUAGGGUUAAUUAAGCACGCUUAUAAUUAUGGUCGAAGACUAUGCAAGCCUUUUAAAGAAAAUGCUAGAUAACUUCGUGAGUUUUAAUAGAACAAUGUAUUGGAACAUUAAGGGCAAACUAAUUGUUUUUUGUUAGUGGAAGCGAAUCUCGACCCAUUUUCUUCAAUCCUAUACUGUUGCAGCAGAUCUGCAAUGCUUAAAGAAGUUG